AUGUCGACUUCAUCGGAGAAAUCCACGUUUUCUCAAACAUGCAACCUCCUCAGCCGAUACAUCAAAGACAAGGCUAAUUCCGGUAACCUAACAAAUGUUGUCGCAUCAUCAAAGAAUCUCACAACUAAGGAUUUCUUAACUCCAAUGUCUAUGGUUAAGGAACCAAGAGCUAAAGCGUCACAAUUGACAAUGUUUUAUAAUGGACAAGUAAUUGUGUUGGAUGAUUUUCCGGCUGAGAAAGUGGAAGAGUUAAAGACAUUUGCUCAGACACAGUCUUUGGUUACUCCGAUUAUUCCUCAACUGCCUUGUGGAACAAUUGUUGUUGAUAUGCCAAUUGCAAGAAAAGCUUCGCUUCUUAGAUUCAUGGAGAAGAGAAAAAACAGAGUUGCUGCGAAAUCACCGUACUAUAAAACGGUUAAAACCGUUUCUGAUCCAGUGAAGUCUUCUGAGUCCAUUCCAUGGCUUGUGUUAGGAGCUAAAUCAACGUGA